CACGUUCUCUUCCCACCAGGAGCUGCCGGUCAAAAGCGGUAGAGAGAAAUAAUUGUUGCUUUACUUUGGAAUGCGCCCUUGCCUUGCAUUGCCUUGCCUUGCCUUGCCUGCCCACCCAUAUCUUCCUUUCCUCUAUAUUUAACCCAACCCUCGUCGCCUCUCCCCUUCCUUAACGGCAUAGCCUUGAGAACUUAGUACUAAUUGGUCUUUCUCGCUUGCAAAUGUCUCAGAUAUUCCUCACGAACUCUCCUAAGCACUGCGCCAAGCACGGACUCAACGUAAACAAGCUACCCAAGAAGCUACUAUACGGCUUCUCCACAUUUCUUCUUUCUUUUUUCUCACUCGCCAUCCUUGUCUGGGUAAUCCUACACCCUUCCAAGCCUGAAUUCUACCUCAAAGAAGCAGAUAUUUAUCAACUCAACCUCUCAGCCCCUCACCUUCUUAACUCUUCCAUACAACUCACUUUAAUCUCCAAGAACCCAAAUAAGAAAGUUGGGGUCUACUAUGACCAACUCCAAAUCUAUGCCUCCUACAAGGGCCAACAGAUUACUCUCUACACUUCUCUUCCUCCAUUCUAUCAAGGCCAUGAAGAUAGCAAUCUCUUAUCAGCUUCCUUGGUAGGAACCGGCCUCCCCGUGGCCCCUUCUUUUGGUUAUGAAGUGGGUCGGGAUCAGACGGCCGGUAGACUAAUUUUAAGUCUGAAAGUGAAUGGACAGCUCCGAUGGAAGGUUGGGAGCUGGGUUUCCGGCCGUUAUCGGUUUAAUGUUAACUGUGUUACUAUAAUGAAUUUUGGGCCAGACUCUGUAUCAGCUCCUGUGAGUUCCAGACAAGGGUCUAGCUGUUCCACUACUGUUUGAACUUUGAGGAGACCACUAGCUGUCCAUAAUCCAUACAGAGGCUUCUGUAAGAAGCUUCAAGUAAGUUUUAAUUUCUUUUGAUUGUUGUUGAUUUCAUCUUGUUUCUCUGUUUUUUUUUUUGGGUGAUUCUGAUUCAUGAAUAUUUUAUCUAAGUGAAGUUUAAUGUUGCCCUAUCACUGCUUAGUUACUGUAAUAAACUCAGUAUAAAGAAAGGAUGGAAAGCUAUGUUGUAGAUUGGAGUGGAGAACCAUCUUAUCUUCUCUUUCUCUCCUUUUUCGCUUUUCUUUAUCAUUUUACUUUAUGGAUGAUUGGAAUGGGAAGCAAAGGUUGGUUUGAUUUAUUA